UUAUUUUGCAGCCAACUUCAGUUUAUUCGACGCUGUCAUUUACACACGUCAAAAAUGGAGGAGGAACGUCUUUUCGAUGAAAGAGUUUCAAUUCGGGAUUCAGCUCGCCCACUUAAAAAAUAUGGAAGUACUUGUAACCACAUGAAAAGGAAUGAAGAGUAUAUCAAGCAUGUGAUGUCAAAAGGCGAUACCCUGCAAGGGCUCGCGCUCAAAUAUGGUGUUACCAUGGAGAAAAUUAGGCGGGCGAAUCGUUUAUUUGCAACAGACAGUUUGUUUUUACGGGAGUACUUAUUGAUUCCCGUCACCAAAGAUUCUCCUUUCUACGAGAAUGGUGAGCGUGUGACGGAGUUGCCACCGCCAAAUCAUCGUGCAUCCAUUGCGGGCAUGCCCACGGGAGAUUUUUCCCCAGGCAGUCCAGACGAGAAGAAAAGCUUUGACGAGUUCCUGAAUAGACUGGAUUCCUCACUGGCUGAUAUCAAGAAGCAUGUAGAGAAGACCAAGGAAACUAGCGAAUUCGUGAAAGACCUGGAGGAUGGUUUCGUUCGUCACCGGCCGACGGCGCGGCUCCGGCAGUCUGCGUCCAUGGGUGCGUCUACUUCGUACAAUGAAGUGAUACCGCCUCCGUUGCCUCCGCCGCCAGUGGGCCUUACCCAGGGUAGGCGGGUGGAUACAUCCCUCAGGCGUCUGGAGCGCACUCAUGAUGACCUCUUCCAAUUGUAGCGGCCGAGGCAGCGCAGGUAUGCGCGGUUACAAUGAACGCGAUGAGCCUGCGCUGUGCUGACGCCACAGCGGUCGGUCGUCCACGGUCACGGCAGCGGUCGCGUCGCGCGAUCCUGUCGCAGAUCGCAGUCGCACUGAACACUCAAGUACAGUCGGUGAGUCAGUCGUGAGGGCACUAAGUGAUAUUAGAUUACUAUAUUCUUAAUAUUAUUGUGCAUAAUCUUAACAAAAUUUAUUGUAUCAAAUAUAUCGUCUAUAGUCAGGAUUAGUUACGAAUCUGUAUAG